AUGGCAUUCGACAACUCUUUCCUCAGCCCAAGGGGCUUGUUGGUGAAUAACAACUCAGACUUCGUCUGCCACGGACCAAACUUUGCCAAACUCAAAGAAGCGACCCAGGCAACCGAGAACUUGCCGUACUGUGACCAGAUGUUCGAUCAACGUUUUGGGUUUUCUGACUUGGGUCACAUGGAGAUAUAUGUCGACAUCAUCUCGCCUCUUAUAAAAGACUUUUUCUCUGUAGAUGAAAUUUUCGACGCCCUCGCCCGCCUCUACGGCGACGAAUCAAACAACGACACCCUCCGUUACCAAGUCCAGCAAACCAUCCGCGACCGCCUCGAGCGCCUCAGAGCAUUAUCCGACUCCGCCGAUGGCUCAGCCGACAUCCUCACAGAGGCCAUUGACAGCGUGACCCAAACAGAGUUGAGCCUCAAGCGCUUCAAAGACGUGACCUUGGACAGUGAUCAGACGGUCGAACGGUUGAGAAAGUGCCAUGAGCGUGAGCAGCAAUAUGCGGAAGAGCAUUUCCAGGACGACAUGAAUGCUUUGGAAGCGGUAAAGAAGCUUGUAGAUCAGCAAAAUACGCAAGACAACACGCAAGACUCGUUGCAGAACCUACAGCAGGCCGUCGGUGCCACGGUCGAGAUUGUCAACGACCUGACUGCCUUGUCCGACUACGUCGCGGAACACAUGGAGCCCGGACCGGGCCCCUUGUUGAACCUCGAAAAGGCAGCGCUGCUGGAGAUGUGGAAGAAUCUCGAGACUGAAGUGCAAAAGUUUCUGGACGAGUACAUGUCGUGA